GAGACAUGCGUUCUUCCACUUAGGUGAACAGAGGUUUUGUGGUGAAUUUAGUCGCCGUUUUGAAAAUGUUGAAAUAAUUUGCAUACACAAGUACUUCAAGGGGCAUAAAACUGCACGGUUCAUUCCCUUAAUGUGUGCAAGUUUAACCAGCCUUGGCAAAAUGUCAUUUAAUCAUUUCUUUAAUAUUUUGCACCUGUUUUCUGUUUGCUCGCUGUAUAUUAAACCUGAUAUUAUAAUCCACCCGUCUGGGACGAACGCAGUUUUAAGACACAUUUAAAAAGCGUCUGUUGUGUUGAAUAAAUUCCCAACUUUUAAUGGGUAAAUUUUGCAAAACUUUGCUUCUGUUGGUUUUGAGUUACAAGGCUGUUCCAAGGAGGAUCUCAAAGUACUAAGGAGAAUGGCGUGGUGGGUUUCAUGGAUCGCUUUCACUUUCGUUUUCCUCCCACAUGUGUGCGGUCUUCCUGCAGGGACCACUGGGAUUAUGUCCACAGGGUGUUACAUAGACAUGUGUAUGGCCGUGGAUUCCUCAGAGAGUCUGACGGAGUCAGGGUACAAAGAUGAGAUUCAUUUCCUGAACAACGUGGUCGGAUACAUCCGUCAGAUGCCGGAGAAGGUGAUCUCUAACUACGCCAUUGUGGUCUUCUCAACAGACGUAAGCGUCCAUCUGGACUUCAGUCCCACUCAGACUGAUGGGGAGGUGUGGUAUAAAAUUGGCACAAUCCCGUACCUGAGAGGUAGAACCAACAUUCCGGACGCCAUGGAGCAGUGCCGGCGUCUACUGCGCCAAUCUCCCGGCAGCAGGCUGUACAAGGGGGACAAGGCGUUCGCUAUUACCAUGGUGUUAACUGACGGAAUGGCGAACGCAGGCAAUUUGACACUCAAAGAAGCAGCAGACAACCUGAAAGCGGAGGGCGUGGUCACGCUGGCGGUGGGGGCGGGGCCUGGUGUCAAUUACACGGAACUGUUGGUCAUUGCACAGGGGCGGAGCAGCAACAUAUUCCACGCCCAGCUGGUGGAGAGAUUGACAGAUCUGGUGGAGGAUAUCGGUCUCCGUUUUUGUAACGGUAGGUUACUGGGUAUUGACGUGGCGGCGGGGGGUGGGGGAAUCUCUGAUAAUGCGGACCGAUCCAAAAACCACCACAACUACCUCGACAACUACUACACCAACAACGACUACGACACCGACAACUACUACACCAACAACUACGACUACACCGACAACUACUACUACACCGACAACUACGACUACACCAACAACUACGACUACACCGACAACUACAACACCGACAACUACGACUACAGUAACAACUUCAACACCGACAACUACGACAACACCGACAACUACUACUACACCGACAACUACAACACCGACUACUACAACACCGACUACUACGACUACACCGACAACUACUACACCGAUGACUACGACAACACCAACGACUACGCCUACACCAACAACUACAACUACUACACCGACGACUACGACUACAUCGACGACUAUGACUACACCGACAACUACUACACCGACGACUACUUCAACUACUACAACACAAACUACAUCUACCACACCAACCACAAGUACACCACCAUGGCAAGACUCCACACUUCCAGGUAA